AGCAGCAUUUCCCCUUUGGAACAGAGAACAGUAGUGAAAAAAACCUCUCCAGUCACGGCAUGCAUCAUGUUUCCAGCAGUAAUAGUGCUCAUCUUCUGCAGUUUUCUGCAAUCUGCUGCUUUUGAAGGAAAUUAUUGGUCCCACUAUUUUUUUCAAAAACAGAAAGAAUCUCUGCAAAGACUUUUGAGCAAGGAUUCCUGUUCUACCUGGGGUGGAGGGCAUUUUUCAACCUUUGAUAAAUACCAAUAUGACUUCACUGGCACCUGCAACUAUAUCUUUGCAACUGUAUGUGAUGAAACCAGCCCAGAUUUCAACAUUCAGUUACGCCGUGGACUGGACAAAAAAAUCGAGAGGAUCAUUAUUGAACUGGGACCUUCUGUUGUCAUUGUUGAGAAAGGCAGCAUUUCUGUCAGGAGUGUUGGUGUCAUUAAGUUGCCUUACACUAGCAGUGGAAUUCAAAUAGCACCUUAUGGACGCAACAUCCGUCUGGUGGCCAAGCUGAUGGAGAUGGAGCUAGUUGUCAUGUGGAACAAUGACGAUUAUCUUAUGGUUUUGACUGAAAAAAAAUUUAUGGGGAAAACCUGUGGAAUGUGUGGAAAUUAUGAUGGUUAUGAAUUUAAUGAAUUUGUGAGUGAAGGCAAAUUGCUGGAUACAUACAAAUUUGCUGCAUUACAAAAAAUGGAUGAUCCAUCAGAGAUCUGCCUGUCUGAGGAGAUACCAAUUUCCACCAUUCCUCACAAAAAAUACGCCAUGAUCUGCUCUCAGUUACUUAACUUGGUGUCACCAACAUGCAGCGUGCCAAAGGAUGGCUUUGUCAUUCGUUGCCAGCUUGAUAUGCAAGACUGCAGUGAACCAGGACAAAACAACUGCACUUGCUCUACUUUGUCAGAGUAUUCAAGGCAAUGUGCCAUGUCCCAUCAAGUGGUGUUAAACUGGAGAAAGGAAAACUUCUGCUCUAUUGGAAAAUGUUCUGCUAACCAAAUCUAUGAGGAGUGCGGUUCUCCAUGCGUUAAAACCUGUUCCAAUCCAGAGUACAGCUGUUCCAGUUACUGUACCUAUGGUUGCUUUUGUCCAGAAGGAACUGUUCUUGAUGACAUCUCAAAGAAUCGAACAUGCGUUAAUAUUAAGCAGUGUCCAUGUACACUGAAUGGGAAGAUAUAUGCUCCUGGUGAGAUAAUGAAAGCUGCAUGUAGGACCUGUAAAUGUACAAUGGGUCAGUGGAACUGCAAUGAUUUGCCCUGCCCUGGAAGGUGUUCGCUGGAAGGAGGCUCCUUUGUUACCACAUUUGAUUCUAGAUCAUAUAGGUUCCACGGGGUUUGCACUUACAUUCUUAUGAAGAGUUCCAGUCUGCCACACAAUGGAACCCUAAUGGCUGUAUAUGAAAAGUCUGGUUAUUCUCAUUCUGAGACAUCACUUAGUGCUAUAAUUUACCUGUCUACAAAGGACAAAAUUGUGAUUUCUCAGAAUGAACUCCUAACUGACGAUGAUGAACUUAAGCGGCUACCUUACAGAUCAGGAGACAUCACUGUUUUCAGACAGUCCUCAAUGUACCUUCAAAUGUAUACCACCUUUGGUUUGGAACUUGUAGUUCAAAUGUCACCUGUGUUCCAGGUCUACGUGAAAGCUGGAUCACAAUUCAAAGGCAGAACUCUAGGUUUGUGUGGCAAUUACAAUGGAGACACUACAGAUGAUUUCAUGACUAGCAUGGAUAUUAAUGAAGGGACAGCCUCCCUGUUUGUAGAUUCCUGGAGGGCAGGAAAUUGCCAUGCUGCUUUAGAGAGAGAAACCGACCCUUGCGCUUUGAGUCAACUGAACAAAAUAUCUGCUGAGACUCAUUGCUCCAUUCUUACCAAAAAGGGUACAGUGUUCGAGAAAUGCCAUGCUGUGGUCAACCCUAUUCCAUUCUACAAGAGAUGUGUCUACCAAGCCUGCAAUUAUGAAGAGACUUUUCCUUAUAUUUGUUCUGCUCUUGGAUCCUACGCACGAACAUGCAGUUCAAUGGGUUUAAUCCUUGAGAACUGGAGAAACAGUAUGGACAAUUGUACCAUUACUUGUACUGGCAAUCAAACAUUCAGCUACAACACUCAGGCAUGUGAGAGGACAUGCUUGUCACUUUCCAACCCAGCCCUGGAAUGUCAUCCAACUGACAUCCCUAUUGAAGGCUGCCAUUGUCCUAAAGGAAUGUAUUUGGACCACAAGAAUGAGUGUGUUCCUAAAUCUCAUUGUCCCUGCUAUUUAGAAGAUAGAAAGUACAUCUUGCCUGACCAGUCUACACUAGCUGGUGGGAUUACCUGCUACUGCAUUAAUGGGAGGCUAAGUUGCACAGGCAAACUUCAAAAUCCUGCAGAAAACUGCAAACCUCCUAAGAAAUAUGUGUCAUGUUCUGGCAGUUCAGAAAACAAAUAUGGUGCUGCUUGUGCCCCCACCUGUCAGAUGCUGGCUACUGGAAUUGAAUGUAUACCUACCAAAUGUGAAUCAGGCUGUGUCUGUUCUGAUGGGCUGUAUGAAAAUCUUGAUGGCAGGUGUGUUCUAGCCGAAGACUGUCCAUGUGAAUAUGGUGGUCUUGCAUAUGGAAAAGGUGAACAGAUUCAAACAGAAUGUGAAAUCUGCACUUGCACAAAAGGCAAAUGGAAAUGUGUUCAGAAAUCGAAGUGUUCCUCAACAUGUAGUCUGUAUGGAGAAGGCCACAUUACCACUUUUGAUGGACAGCGUUUUGUGUUUGAUGGCAACUGUGAAUAUAUAUUAGCUAUGGAUGGCUGCAGUGUAAAUAGACUUGUUUCCUCUUUCAAAAUUGUCACUGAGAAUGUCAUCUGUGGGAAAUCAGGGGUUACAUGCUCCAGAUCCAUCAGUAUUUACCUUGGGAAUUUAACAUUCAUACUGAGAGAUGAAACCUUCACUAUUUCUGGGAAAAAUCCUGGAGUGCGAUACAACGUGAAAAAGAAUGCCCUUCACCUGAUGUUCGACGUCAUUAUCCCAGGAAAAUACAAUAUGACCCUUAUCUGGAAUAAGCACAUGAACUUCUUCAUCAAGAUCUCCAGAGAAACACAGGAAACUAUAUGCGGUUUGUGCGGGAACUAUAAUGGCAAUAUGAAGGAUGAUUUUGAAACUCGAAGCAAGUAUGUGGCAUCAAAUGAAUUGGAAUUUGUCAAUUCUUGGAAAGAGAAUCCUCUCUGUGGAGAUGUAUACUUUGUAGUGGACCCAUGCAGCAAGAAUCCUUAUCGUAAAGCAUGGGCAGAAAAGACAUGUUCCAUCAUCAACAGCCAAGUCUUUUCUCCCUGUCACAAUAAGGUGAAUCGUAUACCCUAUUAUGAGGCCUGUGUUCGAGACUCUUGUGGUUGUGACAUUGGAGGGGACUGUGAAUGCAUGUGUGACGCUAUCGCGGUAUAUGCUAUGGCAUGCUUAGAUAAAGGUAUCUGCAUUGACUGGAGGACCCCUGAGUUCUGUCCUGUCUAUUGUGAGUAUUACAAUUCUCAUAGCCAAACAGGAAGUGGUGAUGCUUAUUCCUACGGCUACAACAAUGACAACUGCACCUGGCAUUACAGGCCUUGUAACUGUCCGAAUCAAAACUACAAAUAUGUCAACAUUGAAGGCUGUUACAAUUGCUCUCAUGAGGAAUACUUUGACCAUGAGAAGGGAAGAUGCAUGCCAUGUGGUGAAAUCACUAGUACUACACCUGAAACACCUUCACCUUCAACAGAAACAACAGUGCAGCCUGAAGUAACAAGAAGCUCUACCACAAGCACCCUAGCAACAGUACCUAGUAUUUCUUCAGCUACUAUAUUAACUCAGACCACAAAUCCAACUAUAACAUCAAAAAUCACAAUUCCAAGGACUUCAUCAGCAUCACAUCUUGUCACAAUGAAGUCAACAACUGAGAGUGAGGAAACCCAGGCAACCACUCUGCACCAUAAAGUCCCAAUAGCAAGGGAGCCAACCAGAGCUAAGACUCCAACUAGUAAAGUAGUAACAGCCUUCCCUCACACAAAGACAACCAUGCCACACACUGUGCUGCCUGAGUCCACACAGAAGACCACCGCUGCCACCUCUGCCACCAGCACCUUCAAGACCUCUGUCUCCAGAGAGGCCAGCACUGAAGUCCCACUGAAAAGGAUGUCUGAAAACCCUAGCUCUCCAACAGCUCCCAGCACCUCCCUCACCACCCAGCUGAUCACUCCUGCCACAUCCACUGUCUCCUCCAAGCCUGCUCCAAAUGAAUCACCUGCACCUGAGUCCUCUGCUGCCUCCACAGCCAAAACCAGCCAGCUGCCAUCACCUGCUCCUUCCCUCUCCUCUACUCUGUCCUCAACAUGGCAAAGCUCCUCGCACCCCGCCUUCCCUCACACAAAGACAACCAUGCCACACACUGUGCUGCCUGAGUCCACACAGAAGACCACCGCUGCCACCUCUGCCACCAGCACCUUCAAGACCUCUGUCUCCAGAGAGGCCAGCACCAUUACCAGCACUGAAGUCCCCCCGACAGGGACGACUGCGAACCCCAGCUCUCCAGCUCCUGCCAGUACCUCUCUGACCACCCGGCUGACCUCUGCUGCCGCCGCGUCCCCUGUCUCCUCCACCUCAAUCUCAACCACCACCCACGAACCUACGCGGACAACCAUAAGGCACAAGGCCUCAUCCCCAUCAACGCCUGCUCCAAAAGAGUCACCCACACCUGAGUUCUCCUCUCCCUCCACAGCCAAAACCAGCCAGCUGCCAUCACUUGCUCCUUCCCCUUCCUCUACUCUGUCCUCAACAUGGCUGAGCUCCUCACACCCCGCCUUCCCUCACAAAAAGACAACCAUGCCACACAUUGUGCCGCCUGAGUCCACGCAGAAGACCACCGCUGCCACCUCUGCCACCAGCACAUCCAAGACCUCUGUCUCCAGAGAGGCCAGCACCGCUACCAGCACAGAAGUCCCCCUGACGAGGACGUCACCAAGCACCAGCCCUCCACCAGCUCAUAGCACCUCCCUCACCACCUGGCUGUCCUCUACCACCAUGUCCACUGUCUCCUCCACCUCAACACCAACCACCACCCAUAAACCUACACAGACAAUCAUAAGGCACAAGGCCUCUUCCCCAUCAAUGCCUGCUCCAAAAGAGUCACCCACACCUGAGUUCUCCACUCCCUCCACAGCCAAAACCAGCCCACUGCCAUCACUUGCUCCUUCCCUCUCCUCAACUCUGUCCUCAACAUGGCUGAGCUCCUUGCACUCUGCCUUCCCUCACAAAAAGACAACCAUGCCACACAUUGUGCCGCCUGAGUCCACGCAGAAGACCACCGCUGCCACCUCUGCCACCAGCACAUCCAAGACCUCUGUCUCCAGAGAGGCCAGCACCGCUACCAGCACAGAAGUCCCCCUGACGAGGACGUCACCAAGCACCAGCCCUCCACCAGCUCAUAGCACCUCCCUCACCACCUGGCUGUCCUCUACCACCAUGUCCACUGUCUCCUCCACCUCAACACCAACCACCACCCAUAAACCUACACAGACAAUCAUAAGGCACAAGGCCUCUUCCCCAUCAAUGCCUGCUCCAAAAGAGUCACCCACACCUGAGUUCUCCACUCCCUCCACAGCCAAAACCAGCCCACUGCCAUCACUUGCUCCUUCCCUCUCCUCAACUCUGUCCUCAACAUGGCUGAGCUCCUUGCACUCUGCCUUCCCUCACACAAAGACAACCAUGCCACACACUGUGCUGCCUGAGUCCACACAGAAGACCACCGCUGCCACCUCUGCCACCAGCACCUUCAAGACCUCUGUCUCCAGAGAGGCCAGCACCAUUACCAGCACUGAAGUCCCCCCGACAGGGACGACUGCGAACCCCAGCUCUCCAGCUCCUGCCAGUACCUCUCUGACCACCCGGCUGACCUCUGCUGCCGCCGCGUCCCCUGUCUCCUCCACCUCAAUCUCAACCACCACCCACAAACCUACGCGGACAACCAUAAGGCACAAAGCCUCAUCCCCAUCAACACCUGCUCCAAAAGAGUCACCUGCGUCUGAGUUCUCCUCUCCCUCCACAGCCAAAACCAGCCAGCUGCCAUCACUUGCUCCUUCCCCCUCCUCAACUCUGUCCUCAACAUGGCUGAGCUCCUCGCACUCUGCCUUUCCUCACAAAAAAGCAACCAUGCCACAUACUGUGCUGCCCGAGACCACACAGAAGACAACCACUGCCACCUCUGCCACCAGCACCUCCAGGACCUCUGUCUCCAGAGAGGCCAGCACCCCUGGCAGCAUGGAAGUCCCACUGACAAGGACAUCUCCAAGCACCAGUUCUCCACCUGCCCCCAGCAGCUCCCCCAGCACCCGGAUGACCUCUGCCACCACUUCUACUGUCUCCUCCACCUCUGUCCCAACCACCAUGCCUAUGCCUCUCACUACUUCCACAUUUAGAUCCACUAAGAGUAGUACGUCUUUUUACUCCCAAAACACUACAUUUACUCCACACAGUAAAACAUCUUCAUCUGUAGUUGCUACCUCUAUCUCUGCCAAGUCUGCUCCAGCUUUAAUCCCAACUGUUUUAUCUACAACGGUUACUUUCACUCCCAGUGUUAUUACUACUGCUUCUACGGAGUCAUCUGAAAGAACUUCUUUGCGAACAACAACAAUUACCACUACUCAUACUACAUCAUCAACUCCUUUCACCUCUAGACUUUCAACUUCCUUGCCUUCUGUUGUACCAUUAACAGUGCCACAAGACCAUUGUAAAGAAUUCAAAUAUGAAGAAAAAAUAACUUACAAAGGCUGUUCUACAAAUGUCACUUUAAGCCGAUGUGAAGGAUCAUGUUCAUCUUCAACAAAGUUGAAUGUUGAGAAGAUGAUGGUCAGCACAGCAUGUGGCUGCUGUAGGCCACUUCAACUUCUUAAGAAGGAAUUCCAACUCCCAUGUCCAGACCCAGAUAACCCUGGAAAAAGGCUUGUUACAGAAAUAAUUGUAUUUAAUGGCUGUGCUUGUAACUUUGACAGCUGUAUAAAUUAGGCAGAGCUCCAGCUGGCCUCAGAUACUAAUCUUUUAAUAUUAAACAUCGAUCACAAUGACUGCUUAUUGCUGGGAGUUCUCUAGUAUUGAUUGUAAAGGAUAGCCUUGCAGUGAGGCUUCUCAGCAGGUACCUGGGGUGUCAAUGAAGUUAACUGAUAAAUUAUUCCUAAUCAGGAAGGGGGUGAGAGGGUGCAGGGGAGAAAAUAAAACAAACCACUGACAGGAUAGGACUUAGGAGGGAAUACCAUGUCAGAGACUGUCUGGCCUUGCUCAGGGUGGUAUUUUUUAAUGAAAGGCUAAAAACUGGCCUAUGCACUGUGCAAUAACAGAAAUUUGACUUUCAAAUAAAGUAGAAAGAAUUGAAUUUGCUAACUUAUUUCUCAUUAUUUGACCAAUUAUUUUAACUGAAAACAGUAUGUUAGGUUCACUACAGUUGAACUUGGAUCUGUGGAAUAGUGCAUUGCAUCACUGGGAGAAGAGACAAACGAGGUGACCCAUUUCCUUUCCUUUGAAAGUGAGCACACCACUUGUGAUUGUCAUAUAUACACAGUCACUGUCAGAAAGAAAGGUGCUACAUGCACCAAAAGCUAAGUGUGAGCUUUCUACAUGCAACCUUAAUGCAGUGGAACAUUUCCAGAAAUGAUCAGCACAGACGCGUACUGGCUUUUGAACAAAGCAGAAAUUUGCAAGGCAUUGCCCUGCAAGAAAUCAAAGACCAUGUAUGUCUAAAAGGGUACAGGUAGUUCACUCACAAGCAAUUACUACUUCCUCCUAGUAGAGAGCAUUCUUUACUACUGUGUUUGCAAUUCAUUUAAGAAAAAGUUGUAUGAAUGCACAGAAGCUCAUAGUGUCCAGGUAUUUUUUUCUUUAGGUAAGUUUUAGAGAAGUACUAAGAAUCUGAAGCACACCUAAGUUUGAGUGAGGUUAUUUAGCAGUUUAGAGUCUCCCUUUUUACCGUGACAUCAACUUUUUCUUGUACAAGUUCUGCCUGUAUGUAAUACAGGUGUACGGUUCACAGCCUCAACCAUACACCACUGUUACACCAGUUUAUUGCAGCAUGUACUAUUAAUAUACUAUGUUAAUAUACAUUACAUGCAAGUAUUCUUUACACUUAAAUAACCCCAGACAAAAAAAGGACAGUUUAAUUACUGUUCUAAUCAUUUAUUUCAUCUUAAUACGCUCUUCUGAUGCAUAUAGUCUAAUAUAUAGUCUUCUAUAUGAAAAUUCUCCGCUUAAAUCGACAGAACUUUGUUUUAUACAAAUAAGACAAUCACCAUAAAUGUUACAUACUGGAGUGUAGGUCAAGAAUGAACAUAAGCUACCUGUUUUGCUAUUCAGUUAUUUUCACAUGUCAAUGCCUGAAAAUACUGUACUUAAACAAUAACACUGUUUACUGCAGAAAUUACUUUGUCUGCUUGACAGGUUACAUCACUUCAGUAAGUUAACCAUCAUUCACAAAAAAAUAAUAAAGUAUUUGUCCUUAAUUUGUCUACUUUUCUGCUCAUGGCUUCAUUGAGCUGAUAUUUAAUACAAAGAGUGAACAGUCAUAAGCUUAACACAGUCACCACUGAAAAGACAUUAUCCCUUACCCCCCUCCUUCCCACACUUUUGAUGCACAUUUUAGCAUGUCCAAAGCACACCAAAGCAAAGUGAACUAAUGUAGUGCAGUGUUUCAAGGUGUCCUUUAAUGAGGGCACUGAAUAUUUUCAGGGAGAGAUACACAACAGGAUUUGGAAAAAAAGAACUAGAAGCUCCUCCCCUGUCUUUGCUAAAACUCCCUUUAGUUCAGCACAUCAGAUUUUUAACAUAGCAGCCAGCAGCAUGGUAAAGAUAACAGGACUAAUUAAGAGACGUAUGGUAUCCAAAGGACAAAACAUAAGGUAGUCUAUUACUAUUCUGCCAACUGCCCGACCUCAUUGCAGAACUGCUCAUGAAGAUUUGCAAAAGACAUUGCUUGUGAUCAAAGAGCCUUGAUUAGCUACUUGAAAAGCAAUAACAGGGCCAAAUGUUCAAGAGAACUUUUGCACAAAGACCAGGUCUAUAGCCAAGUUUUCAGUCAUAAUAUUCAUAGUUAACAGCCAUUUCUGGGAAAAAAAAAAAACAAACAACCAAAAACCAAAUCUCUCCCCAAACCCACAUACUACAGCCAAACCUUUGUUCCUCAUUUUCCACUUGCACUUAAGUACAAUCAUUAGCCUUCAACCAAAGAAAAUGAUAAUCACCCCAUUCCAUUAACUCAAGAUAUCGAAGGAAAAAAGCAAGGUGCACUCAUUCAUGUAGAAUCCUAUCCCCUGCUGUGCACUGGGCAGCAUGACAGAAGCUUCAUUUAAAUGUCUUUUCAAUGUCAUCACUAUUACUCAGAACCUUUAUUUCAUGGGCCCAAUUGGCUGUAUGUGUUGUGAGACACCAGUCCCAUGCCUCCUUUAAAUAACCGCAAGGAAAUCUUGAUCAAAGGUUAACUUCUCAU